AUGGUGUUAUUAGGCAUCUUUCCAGCCGUCUCCGCCAUGUACUUCGACUGGAAGUUCUUCCCUGACAGGAACAUGACACUCAUCGGCCUCAAGUUUCAUGCCGGGGGAGGAGAGACAAAGCUUGUCUCCUUCUCCUUGAACGUUAUCUCUCUCCUCUUCUCCUUCCUCCUCGUCGUCGUGUGCACAGCUAUCCUGGUUUAUAAACUGAUCUCCAAGACAAAAUGGCGACAGGAAAUGUCAGGGGCCGCCCCAGACGUGAAGCAGACGUCAGUGUCACGUGACCAGAAAGUGGUGAAGAUGGUAGUGUUCAUCUCGGCGGUCUAUAUUGGUUGUUUCUUCUGGAGCGCGGUCAGCAUGAUUAUCUCGAUGCUAGUGCCUGGUUACAGCGUGGUGGGUCCUAACAAGAACAUGUUCCAAACCGUCUGGUCCUUUCUGCUGCUGCUAGAAGGGACAAACUCCAGCGUUAAUAUGUUCAUUUACCUCAAGAUGAGUUCCAAGUUCCGCAAAGUUUUCACUGAGACAUUUUCUUUUCGGCGACAGAACUCUGUUAAAACUCGUUAA